AUGACGGAUCUCUACAAUGAGGCUGCCUACUACCCCACUGCGGAUCCGGCACGAAUGGGACCAGGGAUCGACUUAUUCGCCGCGAUACCGUACCUUUGCGAGUUUCGCUUGUCUAGGCCCCGCGUCAUCUACAGGCCCCCCACCCUUGUCGACCUCCUGGCUGCAGGCGCUAUUCCUGUCGAAGACGUGCCCGGACCGAACGGCGUACUUCCAACCAUCACCCUCUCGGCCGAGGUCGCCCCGUGCCGAGGCAACUUCCAAGAGGCCUCGGGCACUGUCACGUCUUCUAGGUUUCUCCUCCCGCCGGAGCGCGAGGGGGCUGAGGCGAUUGCGGAGGAGCUGCAACGCGGCCUGCAUGACACAAGUGACCAGGAAUACUGGAGUGAGGAAUACUGGAGGUCACUGCAGACGGAGGAGCUGAACUUUGAGGAGAGUCCGGCGGCGGGUUUGUGUUUUCAAAGCCCCAACGGGCCCGACCCCACUCCCUCCCUGAAGGGAGUUUCUACAGCGUCAGCAAAACGACGUACGCGGGGGAUGGCACGACAAGGCUAUGGCCUCCCAAGUACAAGUCAUUCUAGGAAUGAACGUCUGGAUUUGCGUGCCGUUCGCCCUCCUCGGCCGACGUCGUGUGAGUGCGGAAGCUCAGUCUCGUCGCCGCGGGGCCAUCCCGCGCUUGGGCCGUCGUCGCGGGCUGGGGCGCGGAUGUGCGGAGACCGCGAAGGGCGCCUGGUCCUGCAGGGCGUCAGUAGUCCGACUCAACCUGCGAGGAACGUUGCGGCCUUGGCGAACAUGAGGGCCAAGGCAAAACGACCGCGACAAGCCCCAGGGUGUGUGGCGGCCUCCUUGAAGCCAAAGAGCCGUUUCGGCACAGGAGCGAGCAUCGUGAAGGGGGCAGCUGCAUUUAGGGUCUAUCCACCUGAAGAAAAGAGCGAAUCACUUCUUAUCAAUGCCAGUGGAACAGGUCACUUCAGCAUGGCCAUCUUCUCUUCGUCGAGAGAGCGCGUGGAGAGUGGGAAAAUAGACGUUAAGCCAACAGCGACGGCGACUCUUCCCGACGCUCGCAACGCGAGGCCUUUCCUUUCGAGGGUCCCCAUUGCAGGUCAUCCCCAUCCGGAGACGCUUUCGCCGGCAGUCACAUCGCCCUCGCUGGCCACCCGCAAACACCCUCCCGCGGGGCGUGGGGGGCAGGGCUCCCAGAGGCGCCCCCUGGGGUCCGUCCCCUCCGGCGGCAACCUCAAGCCGAGGGGUGGCGGCAGCGAGGGCGGUAGCGGCAACAACGCCCACACAGAGAAAACGAUGCCCAUGACCUCUGGAAAAGACGCCACAGUAAGUCGACACAAUAGUGGAGUUCUUGUGUCAGUUGAAGCAACCCAUGCAGAGGAAUCACAGCAAGUAUUUUCUCGUUUAGAGCGGAAAGAAGUGGAGGGUGGCGAGCGUCCAGUGGCUGUUGAGGUGGGUGCACUGGGGUCUCUGCGCUCGAAGCCGCUCCUGAGGGACGGGAAGCAGACGCCAACAAAAUGCUGCACGAUGAUGUAA